UCUCUCUCUCUCUCUCUCUCUCUCUCUCUCUCUCUCUCAAGAGAAGAGUCUCCAUUUAUAGUCAAUUCAAACAACUUUGUCUUCGUUUGUGGAAGAGAAAAGUCAUAAUUUUUCGGUCUCGAGAUCAUCACUUGGUAAUUUCCACAAUGCUAGCAAGAUUAUUCAGUUUCUGCAACUCUUCACUUUGUCCAAAUUCCACCUCUCUCUCUCUCUCUCUCUGUGUGUUAUGUAGAAGGCGUGUAAAAGGGCAUGCAAGCAACCAUCCAGGGUAUCGCAGCUAUAAAGCCCCCGGUACUGAGUGAUGGCUAAGCAUAAUGUAACGUUUGAUGUGGAGAACUCGAAAAGUACUAAACAACAGUACGAACAUGAGACAAAUGAAGGAUAUUAUGGAGCACAUAAAGAACUACCAAUUAAUCCAAAAUUUCUAGAUGUACGUGGGCUAACAUUCCUCGUAACCUGGAAGAAGAUAUUUGUAAUAUCAUGUGCGUUUGGAGUCUCGGUGGAUCCUUUAUUCUUCUAUAUUCCUUUCGUCAAUAAGAAUAUGAAGUGCUUCGAGUUGGAUAAAAAGUUGAAGACUAUAGCUCUUGUAUCACGAUUACUUACAGAUUUCAUGUAUGUAAUUGACAUUAUCCUUCAAAUUUGGAUCGUGAUUUUGGCAAAACGAAGGAUAUUAGUCAGUAAUCCUUUGGCAAUGUUGGGUAAGUGGGCUUGGAAAUCAUACAUUAUAAUGGACAUUUUGGCCAUUCUUCCUGCACCUCAGGUUUUAACAUUUAUAUUGUUUCCGAAAACGAGGGGCUCAAGUUCUUUGCUUGCUAAGGAAUUUAUGACUACUUUUGCUCUGUUACAAUAUGUCCCACGGGUUUUUCGCAUCUACGUAGCAUGUAAAGAAUUCAACAAGACUCCUACAACCGAGACUAGAAUAUGGAUAUUUUUCAAAGGUGGAUUCAGUCUCUUCCUUUACAUCCUUACUAGUCAUGUACUUGGAGCUUUUUGGUACUUUUUAGCUAUGCAACGAGAGUCAACUUGUUGGCAACUUGCUUGUCAAAGUGAUCAAAAUGGAUGUAAACGUAGUACUUUUUAUUGCAAUGAUCGUUUGUUCCAAAAUCUCACAACCCUAAAUGAUUUAUGCCCUAUAAAUCCGUCAGAUGCAAAGGUUUUCGAUUUUGGGAUAUUUCUUGAUGCUCUUCAAUCUGGUGUGGUGGAGUCAACAGACUUUCCCAGAAAGAUUUUGCAUUGUUUCUGGUGGGGCCUUCGAAAUCUAAGUUCUCUCGGAUCAAACCUCGAGACCAGUAACUACGCAAUGGAAAAUCUGUUUGCCGUUUUUAUUUCUUUAUUUGCCUUGGUACUAUUCAUAUUUUACCUCAGUGGAACUUUGCAGCAGAUAUGGACGCAUAGGGUAACUAAAUCAUCAGCCAAGAGGAAAGUUCUACGGCAGAUGGAAUUGAAAAAGUUAGAGAUCCACCGCUGGUUAUCUGAAAAUGGCAUUGGCAUCCCAAAGCAUUUGAAGAAGGUGAUGAUACAAAGGCUACAAAUACAUCUAGAAGGAGAAGAAAACAUCGAUGUUAAUAUGAAGAGUAUCAUCUCUAUUGUUUCCGUGGAAGAUAGAAGAUUAAUCAAACUAUACUUAAGCUGGUCUAUUCUAAAAAAAGUGCCAAUGUUUCAAACCCUGGAUGAAAAAGUGCUGAAAGAAAUUUCUCAAAGCCUUCAGCCAGUGAUGUUUACUGAGGAUACCUACAUUGUUAAAGAGGGGAAACCGCUUGAUAAGAUGUUAUUCGUCACGCAAGGCAUUGUAUGGAGCUACGGAUCUAGUAAUAAUAAUGGAAGCACUCGUUGUCUUAAGAAAGGUGAUUUCUACGGAGAAGAACUUCUAAACUGGGUAUCGGAAGUUAGCUACCUCACUACCUUACCGAUCUCGACCAGGUUUGUCAAGUCCCACACAUAUGUUGAAGCCUUUGUUCUAAGGGCUUACGACUUGAAAACUAUAGUCUCCAAAAACUGGUUGCAUUUUUUCAAGUUCACUCCGCCCUCUCAGAAGCAGCAUCUUGCAGCUUCUUCGCUUCAAGAAAGUUGGCGCCGCCAUCUUGAAAAGAAGGCACGGGCUGUGCAUCUUGCCCAGCUGAGAGAAAUGGGGAAUAAAAAGAUAACGGAUGAAGUACCUCGUCUAGGUCAGUUCAAGUAGCUCGACCAAUACUUGUGUACUUAAAUUGAUGCAUAUUAUUCUCAGAAAUUGUAAUAAACUUCAUUGUUAUUUGUUUACAAGAGGGAAGUCCUCUCUUAUAAAGGGUCAAAAACUACACAACUAGUCCUAACAAGUGGACAAGCCAAAUGAUGAUUAUAUGAGGAAAACACCGAAGAGGAAAAUAAGGAGAAAAGGAAAGCAAAGCAAAGUAAUGAUGCGUUUAAACCAUACAACGACUUUUUUAGUUUACAAACGUUGUUGGUCUGAUUGGGAUCCAGCUUGCAUCCUGGGGGAAGCUCCAUAUAAACUUCUUCUUCUAAAUCUCCACGCAAGAAAGCAUUUUUGACAUCGAAUUGUUGCAAAGGCCAGUCAAGGU